CUACAGUCUACUGACUACUGAAGCCGCUAUGAAUUUAUUAUUGUAAAACCUCCAUCGUCUAGUUUUGAUCGCGUCGGAGAGACUUUACUUCGAUUUCUCCUUCCCUAUUUAAUCGAAGCCCAAUCGAUAAUCCCCAGGUGGAGGAGAUGCUCUCCAAGUUCCAAUUACUGACAUUUUCACCGACGUUCAAUUCCCCGACUAUUGCAAGAAAGGUCUCUUCUCCGCGAAUAGCUGCGUUUGCUGCCAAAUUUGGAUCUCCAAUGGAAUCGGCUUCCUAUGCCACGUCGUCUGGCGCCUCGGCCAAAUUGCUUUUUAGGCAGCUGUUUGAGAAGGAAUCGUGUACAUAUACUUACCUACUUGCAGAUGCUUCUCACCCUGAUAAACCGGCACUGCUGGUUGAUCCUGUUGACCGCACAGUAGACAGGGAUAUUUCUCUCGUGAAAGAAUUGGGCUUGAACCUUAUAUAUGCAAUUAAUACUCAUGUACAUGCAGAUCAUAUCACCGGGACAGGCUUGCUUAAGAAUAAGAUUCCUGGGGUUAAAUCUAUCAUCUCAAAAGCAAGCAAUGCAAAAGCUGACCUUUUUGUCGAACCUGGCGACUUAAUUUAUUUUGGUGGUCUUUUUCUAGAGGUCCGUGCGACCCCAGGUCACACCCAAGGCUGUGUUACCUAUGUCACGGGUGACAGGCCAGAUCAUCCUCAACCACGGAUGGCUUUCACCGGUGAUACUUUGUUGAUACGUGGUUGUGGCAGGACUGAUUUUCAGGGCGGAAGUUCUGAGCAGCUUUACAAGUCAGUUCAUUCACAGAUCUUCACAUUGCCGGGAGACACACUGGUGUACCCUGCCCAUGAUUACAAAGGGUUCACUGCGAGCACUGUGAGAGAAGAAAUGCAGUACAACCCGCGUCUGACAAAAGAUGAGGAAACCUUCAAAAACAUCAUGGCAAAUUUGAACUUGUCGUAUCCGAAGAUGAUAGACAUUGCCGUGCCUGCCAACAUGGUCUGCGGCUUACAAGAUAUUGAGUCAAAGGCCGCUGCAUGAUAGACGGAUGGCGCGGCACAGCCUACAGUCGGGAGGUAGGGAAGAAGAGGCAUUGCCAUUACAAGGUACUAUUUUUUCUGGGCAAGAGUGUUGAAUUUAUUGCUUAGCAAAAGCCUUCAGCCUAGAAAAAACACUUUCCUUAAAAAUACCAAUGCAAUAUAAUGUUUCGAAUAAGAAGCUUUCGCCUAUCGAAAAUCUUCUCUACACAAACUUUUUAGCCAUUGUGACAUUAAUGUUUAAGAUUUACAUCUCUCUCUCUCUUUA